CUUCAUACGCAUAUAACGGUUUCUCUGGUUCAGCUAGAUAUGGCUUCCGAAGUACGCCUCCGAUCUAAAAGUGUCUCAAGUUUGAUCAGUCGUCGUGCGUCACAGUCUAUCGGAUCUAUGAUUAUUGAAGUAAACGAACACGUUUACUAUAAAUGUUUGCUUCACCAAUGGGCGCAUAGAACUCUUGGUCGAAGCGAACCCUACAGUCAAAAUGGCGUGGAGAAGUUUGUCAGCCAAACGCCAAGAUUUAGACCACUUACAAUGGAAGCAUUGUUUCUUCGUGACAGACUCAAGUUUAGCAGUUACAGAAAGGCUACUCAGAAGGAGGCGCAUGAAGACAUAAAGUACCACCAAAUCAAGGGUGCAUUUGCGGUGGUCAGCCAGCCAAAUAUGCUCAUAUUUGGGAUCGAGUACCCCAAAAAACGAAGAUAUGAGUCUUUUGUAUUCCCCCACCAAGAGGACGCAAAUCGAGUUAAGGAAAUUUUAAUAGGUAUAAAAAGUAGUCCGGACGAAACGAUUCCACAAGUCACCUCACUCGAUGAGGUGAGCAGCGUCCUCAGCUGUACACCAUCUGCUCACGACGAUGCAUACGCUAUUGCCCAACGUCCAGCUCGUUCGACGCCUUCAGUGUCCUCCGUGAUACGUAGCAUCAACUUAAACGAAAAAGGCAGCAUAACUGGUGACAGUAACAGUUCGACCGUCAAACCGUUGAUAUGUGAAGUGCCCGCGGCUUCAAAGAUCAUAUUUGUCAAUUCACGUGCCCAACCAAAAUGGCCAUUACUAACUCAAAGAUCAGGUGUGUCCGCAACAUCACAUGAUUGUAACCAAGUGAAAGCUAGGAGAUUGAGUCGUGAAAAUUAUUAUUCGGAACUGAAGAAAACGGAAGAAAUUUCCUCAAGGUCAUCUGUAACCAUAUCGGAGCACCCAAGCGCCAAACUUAAUGGGUGGGGAAGCAACGUAAUUUUUAUCGACGUCGACGAAAGUAAUCGUUGUCGCAUUGUGGAUAACGGACCGGUUUAUAUGUAUUGUGAAAGUUACUGAAAUCGCAAUGUUACAGGUAUGGUAAAUCGCAUUGUAUACUUCUCUAAAGCUUGGUACAAAAGGGCUGUUUGAUCUAAAUGAUGCUUUGAUUUCACUUAAAAUAAUGACAGUGGAAAUAGUCAAUUGUAUCUCAACAUUUGCUGCUUUAAUGACUCUAAUAAUCGGAA